AUUCGAUCGAUUUUUUUUCUUCAGAGCCGUAAUGUGAAAGCAUUUUGAAAUAAUGUUUCGAAAAAUUCUAGAUGGGGCGCAGAAAUUUCCAGAUGGGGCUGAACCCCAAAUGCUUGUAUGGACGCUACGGCGCUGGACAAACAUGAAAAAUGAAUAAAAAAGUACAAGUGUUUUUUUUUUAGUUUAUUACAGCAAGCAUUUUUCGUGCUUGACUUUAAUCGUUAGGUUGACGCAGAUAACGAAAAACGUGUUGAUGACACAAACGCCAUUUUAUAGCGAUUAUUUGGAAUGAAAGACUUAUUUUGCCAGUUUUAUACCUUUCUCACGCAUUCAAGUGCCCCUAUAUAUUUGAGGACGAAGAGAGAAUGUCAGUCAUUUAUUAAAUAAAAAUGCUGGCCAUUGUGCAAAUUUUAAUUCUGUUACAUACCAUCAACAGGUGUUGGGGUAAUGUGGGUGGUGAUCUUUAUGAACAGGCAAAAAAAAUUGCUGCCGAAAAGCAAUCUGAAAAUGAACAAUUACAAGCAAUAUAUAAUACUUCAGUGGAUUAUACUAGAAUGAUCAACAAUGAAAGAACUCCACCAACAAGUGACAAUUUGAAGGCUGACAUUUUGUUACAAUUUCAAUACUUGGUUCGAGAUCGUGGCUAUUGCAAGAGGCAAACAUUUCAAGAUUGUGUGGGUAAUUACGGAAAAAAUAUUCCAAAGGAAGAUAAAUGCCCAGCACGACUAGGUGAUUGUAACGAAAAAUCAAAGUUUGCUCCGAUUGGUGGAUACUGUAACAACUUGAAAAAUCCAAAUUUGGGAAGAGCCAACACAGCUUACAUUCAUUUACUAAAGGCGGUCUAUUCAGACGGCAUUAGCAAAAUUCGAAAAGCUGUAUCUGGAGAAGAGCUGCCCAGCCCUCGUUUAAUCGGAAACAUGUUGUCCGAUCCUAGUUUUGAGAACAAUUAUAGCAACGAGGUCUUAUCGGAUACAAAUAAUAUAAUGGGUUUGAUGUUUGGUCAACUUUUAACUCAUGACAGCAGCAGUCGAUUGGCGUAUAACGUCAAAGGUGGUAAUGUACCAGGACCUCGGUGUUGUACACUAUCAAAUUCUGGUCCGUUGAAUCCACAGUAUACCAAUCCCAAUUGUAUACCCGUGGAUAUUCCCAAAAAUGAUCCAUUCUACUCAGAAGUCGGUGUUCGCUGUCAGAGUUACAUACGUAUGGCUCGAACAUUUGACCAUGACUGCAAAAUUUCUUAUGUGCAGACAGACCAGGUGUCAUCCUAUCUCGAUCUUUCGAUUAUCUAUUCGGAAUCACCGAAUACCUUGACCACAUUGCGAACAAAUUCCAGUGGACUGCUAAGAACGAAUUCCAAAAAUAUCCUACCUCAGAGCGGUACUAUUUAUGUUGCUGGCGAUCGACGCGUAAAUCAAACACCGAUGCUAGCUUUGCUCCACUCCUUAUUCUUUCGUUUGCAUAAUACAAUUGCCAAGAAUUUAGCCAGCGUCAACCCGAAAUGGAAUGAUAAUGAUUUGUUUUUCAAUAGUCGACGCCUCAGCAUUGCUAUUUAUCAAAGCAUUGUUUACAACGAGUGGUUGCCGCUUUUCAUAGGCAAACGAGUUUGUGAGCUUCGAAAAUUGAAAUGUGGUGGAAAGACAAAAAUUGCAUGCGACAAAUACGAUAGCCGCAUUGAUCCGUCAACUAGUGUUGAAUUUGCACACGCUGCAUUUCGAUUUUUCCAUAGAAUAAUCCCGUCCACAUUCCAAAUGAUUGACAAUCGUAACCAAUUGGUUGGUCAUCUGUUUUUAUCUGAUGUAUUAUUGAAUGGUAAUGCAACCAUAUUACAAGAUAAAUAUGAUGAUCUGUUGAAUGGCAUGUUGAAACAAACAAUAGCUUAUGUCAGCCCGAUGCACACACCUCAGAUACGAGACCUAACUGCAAAAGUCCCAUACAAAGGCCACCAAGUGGGAACUGAUCAAUUUUUGAAUGAUUUGAUGCGAGGUCGUGAUUCAGGAACGGCACCAUUUGUUGAUUUCAUUGAUUAUUGUUUGUCAAAAAAAAUUAACAAAUGGAGUGAUUUAAGGUCUUAUUUCAAAGAUAAAGAGUAUCGAGCCCUCAGAAAUUUAUACAAAGAUGUCAGGGAUAUUGAUCUAUUAGUUGGAAUAUUGCUCGAAACGCAUCCAAAAAAUCGAAUCGGUCAAAUUGGGGCGUGUAUUAUAGCCGAUCAAUAUCAUCGACUCAGAUACGGCGAUCGAUUCUUCUAUUCGAAUCCAACUAAUCCGAAUAAAUUUACUGCAGCUCAAUUGAGUGAAAUCGAGAACACGACAUUCACGAAGGUUCUUUGUCUCGUGACAAAUAGCUCAUCAAUACCAUAUCAAGCGUUUGUGACAAGUUCCCUGACCAACCCAAUAUAUAUUUGUGAGAAAACGUUUAAUUUUGGCCUUUUUAAAGCGUAAUUUUCGAACAACGGGCUUUAGCCAGCUUUCUUGAUGCGAAAUAAAGUUGAACAUUUUAUGGGGA